AUAAUUUCAAAUAUAUAAUUAUUUUUUUUAAAAAUUUUUAAAAAAAUGUUACCUAAAUUAGCCCAAAAUACUUACAAGACUUCAGGUCUUAGAUAUUAUACUACUGAACCAACUUUAAAAGAAAGAUUAACUCAAAUCCUUCCAGGUCAAGUUGAACAUGUUAAAAAAUUAAAAGCUCAACAUGGUGAUAAAAUCGUUGGUACCUGUACUAUUGCUCAAGCUUAUGGUGGUAUGAGAUCAGUCAAAGCUUUAGUUACCGAAACUUCAUCAUUAGACCCAGAAGAAGGUAUUACUUUCCGUGGUUUAACCAUCCCACAAUGUCAAGAACAAUUACCAAAAGCCCCAGGUGGUAAUGAACCAUUACCAGAAGGUAUUUUAUGGUUACUUUUAACCGGUGAAGUCCCAACUGAAUCACAAGUUAAAGAAUUAUCAAAAGAUUUAGCCAAACGUUCAGGUCUCCCAACUCACGUCAAAGCUAUGAUCAAAGCCUUCCCAAAAGAUUUACAUCCAAUGUCACAAUUUGCCGCUGCUGUUUUAGCUCUUCAAAAAGACAGCAAAUUUGUUAAAGCCUACAAUGAUGGUGUCAAAAAAGAUAAAUAUUGGGAAUCAACUUUAGAAGAUUCAUUAGAUUUAAUUGCUAAAUUACCAGAAAUUGCUGCUUUAAUUUACCAAUCAACUUAUUACAGCAAAGAUCUUCCACACACAAUCGACGCCAAUCUCGAUUGGUCAGCCAACUUUACUAAAAUGUUAGGUUUCAACGAUAAAGGCUUUGAUGAAUUAAUGAGACUCUAUCUUACCAUCCACUCUGAUCACGAAGGUGGUAAUGUUAGUGCUCACACCACCCAUUUAGUUGGUUCAGCUUUAUCAGAUGCCUAUUAUUCAUUCGCUGCUGGUAUGUGCGGUCUUGCUGGUCCAUUACACGGUUUAGCCAAUCAAGAAGUACUCUCAUGGACUCUUGACUUACAAAAUAAAAUCGGUGAAGGUAAAGAAGUUUCAGAUGAAAAACUCGCUGAAUUAGUUUGGGAAGGUUUAAACGCUGGUCGUGUUGUUCCAGGUUUUGGUCAUGCUGUUUUAAGAAAAACUGAUCCACGUUACACCAGUCAACGUGAAUUCGCCCUUAAACAUCUUCCAAACGAUCCAUUAUUCAAAUUAGUUAGUCAAAUCUUUAAAGUUGUCCCAGACGUUUUAACCAAACACGGUAAAACUAAAAACCCAUAUCCAAAUGUUGAUGCCCACUCUGGUUGUCUUUUACAAUACUACGGCUUAAAAGAACAUAACUACUACACUGUAUUAUUUGGUGUAUCAAGAGCUUUAGGUGUUUUAGCACAACUCGUCAUCAGUCGUGCUCAUCAAUUACCAAUCGAAAGACCAAAAUCAAUUACCUCACUUUGGAUCGAAGAAUUUGUUAAUAAAGAAUCAAACAAAAAUUAAGAUUUUAAAAUAAAAUAAAAUAAAAUAAAAUAAAUAAUUAAAUACAGAUAAUAAAAAUAAUAUUAUAAAUUAUUUUUUAAAUUUUUUUACCACC